AUGGCAGACCUUAAAUCUUCAUAUGAGUAUAUAGUGGUAGGAGCCGGGAUUGGCGGGCUAACGGUCGCCUCCCGUCUAAGCGAAGACGCCGAUGUCAAUGUGCUCCUGGUCGAGGCGGGCCCAAACCGCAUUGGAGACCCGCGAGUCGAAACUCCGGGUUUCAUCGGGCUUCUCUAUGGCAAUCCCGAGUUUGACUGGGAUUAUAUGAGCGAGCCGCAGGUCCAUGUAAACAAUCGACAGAUCGGCCAGCCUCGCGGCCGCAUGGUCGGGGGCUCCUCAGGCAUGAACUUCUCCCUCAUCAUGUACCCCUCGGCAGCCAAUUUCGGAGCAUGGGAGUCCCUCGGAAACGAUGGCUGGGGCGCCGAGACCAUGGCCCCGUACCUGCGAAAAUUCCACACCUAUACUUCCCCAAGCGAAACCACGUCGAAGUUGUUAGCGACAGACCGAUAUCUGAAAGAACAUGAUCAGGGAACAAAUGGCCCGCUGCCAGUGACUUUGCCGGACGUAUAUGGUCCAUUCAACGAGGCAUGGGAUAAAGCAUUCGAGCAGUUGGGGUUCUACACCGAUGCGGAUCCCAUUGCCGGUCGCAAACUGGGCGCAUUCACAUCGCUACUCUCUGUUGACCCCAAUACGGGCAAGAGAGGCUACGCUGCGGAUUAUUGUACCCCUGAGGUUCUGCAGCGGCCAAACUUCGAUCUUAUCUCGGACACCAUGGUAGAGCGGGUCUUGCUAAACACUGAAGCUGACGGCGAGGUCGUCGCUACUAGUAUCCAGGUUCGCACAAAGGACGGCAAUCAACAGCAGAUUUCCGCCAGCCGAGAAGUCAUUUUGAGUGCUGGUACUCUCAACUCGCCUCAGCUCUUGGAACUGUCGGGUAUUGGUUCGAAGGAAACUCUGGAAAAGCAUGACGUUCCGGUGAUUCUCGAUCGCCCAGGAGUUGGUGAAAACCUUCAAGACCACGCCUUGACCACUCUCAAUUUCGAGAUAGCAGACGGACAAGUGUCUGGAGACAUUCUGCGGGACCCCAACGUCCUCCAGUCUGUCAUCAAGCUUUAUGAGGAGACUCGCGGAGGUCCUUUGGCGGGAAUGCCCAUCAGUGUGGCUUACCUCCCCAUGGUAGACCACGAGGGCAAACUCUCACAAGAAACGGUAGAAGACCUCCUAGCCAAGCAUCUGGAUCAGGAGGCGGCCUCGCCCACACUUCAACGGCAAUAUGACGUGCAGCGAAAAGUCAUCCUGGAUAGUCGGAACUCCUCUUCGGAAUACAUUUUCCUGCCCGCUCAACUGCACAUGAACCCCGGUGCCACGACAAUGCAAGAUGUGUUGGCCAAGACCUUGCCGGGAAACUACAUCAGCAUCAUGACCAUGCACAACCACCCCUUCUCUCGAGGAUCGGUGCAUAUCCGAUCGUCCAAGGCGGACGACAAACCGAUCUAUGAUCCGAACUAUCUGUCGCAUCCCCUAGACUUAGAGAUUCUCGCGCGCCACACACAGUUCGCGGAACGGAUUGCCACGACCGAGCCGUUUGCUUCGCUGCUCAAACCGGGCGCUCGGGAACCGGAACACGCCGCCGACCUAUCGAAUCUCGACAAGACGAAAGAACUGGUCAAAGAGCGCCUCUAUCACUGUUUCCACCCAGUCGGAACGUGCGCCAUGAUGCCUGCAGACCUAGGCGGCGUGGUAGACCCCGAACUCAAGGUCCACGGAACACGCAACCUCCGAGUGGUGGAUGCCAGUGUGUUUCCCCUAGAGCCCACAGGCAACAUCCAGGCCCUCACGUAUGCUGUGGCUGAACGGGCGGCCGACAUCAUUCGCCAUAGCCGUUAG